AUGUUUGGCGCCGAGUUGGUUGGUCGCGAGACCGGCGGUCAAUCCACGGACCAGCCAUAUAGCUACCGAGACUCGGCUCGAACUUGGGAUACGGUUACCCAGUCGGUCUUGAAAGCGCCAGGAUGGGAAGACUCAUAUGCCGUGAUCACGAUUGAAGCGGACAAACAUGGCAACGGGGCUCAUCAGGAAACAGUGGCGCCGUCGGACUUACGCCAGUACGCGAAACUGGCCAACGCUUCGCAAAUACUCUAUGCGCCUUUGAUCUUCGUCACAAAGCUGUCUAUUUUCCUUCUGUACCUGCGCGUGUUUGCGUCAGCCCGGCGAGGCAUGACAUAUCUAUCCAUUCACUUGCUGAUUUGGUUCAAUCUGGCCUUCUACUUGGCCAACUUUUUCUUGAAGAUUUUCCAAUGUAUUCCGCGUGCUAAAAUCUGGGACUCGAAUACUUCAGGUCACUGUAUCAAUAUUAACAUACCGAUUCUCGUGACAGCUGCUAUCAAUGUGGUGUCUGAUCUCCUGAUGCUAUGUUUACCCAUUAUUUGCGUUUGGCGACUGCAAAUGUCGAUUAGGAGGAAGUUAGGUAUUUCUGCUAUAUUUGCUGCUGGUAUCUUCGGAUGCUUUGCAAGUAUUAUGCGUCUUGAAGUCAGCGUCAGGGACAGGAACACUAAGGACCCAACAUACGACUGGUACACCGAGAUCACCUGCGGGAUCCUCGCGAGCUGCCUCCCUGCACUGCCGACGUUUUUCCGCCACUUCUUCGGCAAAGCUAGAACUAUGCUUUCAAGGAGUCGUACAAGAGGAUCCUCGAAUCGUAGUCAAGACCGGUCUCUGGAGAAAGCAACAGAGCUGUAUACCCUAACAUAUCCGCGCGGCCAAAAACAUCACAUAAUUACCGAUAACCGAUUGAUCGAUCAAGACCGGGAACUGGACGAUGACAGGACCCAGAUUUUUAGUGGGCCUAGCUAUGCGGUGACCGAGGCUAGAGUGGAAGGGAGAACCCCUCUAGGCCAAAGGGCCUAUCAUGGAGAUGAUACGGUGUUGAAUGGAGAGGACGGCAGUGGUCAUUGUAGGGGAAUAUUGAAAGUCGUUGAGCCCUCGCUACGCAAAGGCGGUGGACCCACCCGCGGAACCCAGAAACACUGGAGGAACUUUGCGUGCCUCGAUAACUUCAGCCAACAACCUCCUCAUCGCCAACCAGUCGUCUCACCGAUUACCACCGUCGCGAUGGCUCAAGAACGUUCCGGUAUUGCGGUUGGUCUCAACAAGGGCCACAAAACCACCCCCCUCAACACCCCCAAGACCCGCAUCAGCCGCUCCAAGGGCAAGGCCUCCCGCCGCACCGCUUUCGUUCGCGACAUCGCCCGUGAGGUCGUCGGUCUCGCUCCUUAUGAGCGCCGUGUCAUUGAACUUCUGAGGAACGCUCAGGACAAGCGCGCCAGGAAGCUCGCUAAGAAGAGGCUCGGUACCUUCACCCGCGGCAAGAGAAAGGUCGAGGACAUGCAGCGCGUCAUCGCCGAGGCCCGCCGUGUCGGUGCUCACUAAAUUUGGGCUUUGUCAUCUUAUUCCCGUUUUCUUCUACCUACUGUCUAUGUCUCUCCCAAAUUAGCCGAGAACGAGAUGAAUGAAAACCAAGUUUUAAAAAGCACCA